GGAGAUAUAGUCUUCAGCUUCAGUACAGAAGCUGAUUAGACUAAGGAUCAUCGACAGUCACCGAUGCUGAGGAGAACUGACACCAGGGCUGAUUGUGAAUGUUUACUCGAGCAUACCUUCGACACGUACUUGAAAUGGCCACAACUCGUACACCAAGCGCAAUAUUGAAGCAGCACAUUUGCAAUAAAAAUGGCCCAAAGGAAAAGCAGUCACGCGGAGGCACUGAACGCCGCACACGUGCAAUGGGAAUGCUGACCACUUCUAUCACGAACGACUCCAUCAUUAGACCAGUGGGAUUUUACGUUAUCGGAUUUAGGGAUUUAAAGUUUGCCGAUUUGUAUUUAAUUUUUCUCGGCUUCGUUUAUAUUGUAACGGUGUUGUGCAACUCUUUUCUCAUUUCGGUUAUAUGGAUAGAUCGUUGCCUACACACUCCAAAGUACAUUGCGGUGGCCAAUUUAGGGGUUGUCGACUUGAUUCUCAAUACAUCCUUUAUUCCUAGUGCGAUCAACACGUUUGUGACUAAAGAUACUUUCAUGUCCUUCAAUGCAUGUUUGACACAGAUGUUUUUUCAUUCCGUCUCUGCAAUACUAGAGUCAUUUUCCCUCAUUGCACUUGCCUAUGACAGAUUAAUUGCGAUAUGUUUCCCACUAAGGCAUAAUUCCCUCAACACUCCCAAAAUUAUGAUCAGUAUUUUAGCGAUGGUUUGGUCGUAUACUGCAAGCGUCAUGGUGUUCGAGGUCUUGUCAUUGACAAAACUGUCUUUUUGUGAUUCACUCACCGUGUACAGCUUUUACUGUGAAUACGUAACUGUGUUCGUACUAGCGUGCAAUGAUACAACACUACAGUGGACCAUCGCCGCUUCUCUGAGUUUCAUGAUUGGGUUUGGUGCCCUUACUUUCAUCCUCAUAACAUACAUGUGUAUAUUGGCAGCCGUGUUUAGAAUGAAAAAUGUGGAAAGCAGGUACAAGGCACUUGCAACCUGUACAGAACAUCUUGUCCUUGUUGCGAUUUUCUACGGGCCUAUCAUGACGCUGUACGUCGUAGAAUUGUUUGCAUUCCGCGUCGAUCCAACUGUCAGAUUGAUGAGCGUGUCUUUCGCCUCGUGCGUCCCGCCCUGUCUGAACCCCAUUGUGUAUUCCCUGUCUACCAAAGAAAUCAGGAACAGAUUACUGUCUAUACUCCAUAAAGUCAAGGAAGUAACGUGGGAAGGGCAGACAGAGACCCAAAGGUUGGGGUAAAUUUACAUUUUAAAAAUAAUAACAUGCAUUUAAUCAUAAGCUUUGCUGUUUGGCGUCAUUUGUACAUGUCUAUGUUAAGUCAAAUGCUAUGUAGUUGAAUUGUAUUUUUGUGGAAAUUGUGACCAAUGAGAGGUAUUUUAUAUACUGAAAGAAGUUUAUGGUGGCCUGCUUAAUCUGUCCAUAUGUACAGAUUAGGGAAAAUCUCAAAUUACAAACUCCAUUGAAGUCACUAAGGGUGCAUAAUGUUGUUAGACCUCAAACCCUCAAAAUUCCUUACAUACCGGCAGCAACUGUAAUUUCUUACAUACUGUAGGCUAAUCGUUUAUUUACUCUCUCUCUACUAUCAGACCCUUAGAUUAUACAAUAUGUAGAGACAGCGACGCCAUUAAAAACUAAUAGGGAGCACAUCAGAACCAGGAAGUACAAUUUUUUUGCUCAACAGACAUGGUCAGUUGUGUCCAUGGUCACAUGCCUAAUUCAGGUAAGGGUAGUCGAGUGCAUACAUAGGCUAAAGUAAAUUAAAAAAAUAAAAAAAUUAUAAUAAAAAUAUUUUACCUCGGAAAACCGAUAAGUUAUUUUGCUUCCGAAUAUAUAUAUUAUACAUUAAUAUUUGAGUGCAAGUACUUUACUUUUGCUGUAAAAAAUGAAUGGAGCCCAAUGGACAAACUUUCUUUUUGAGCAAAAAUCAUAGAUAUCAACAGGGGGCGCCAUUACAGCCGGUGCUGGGGAUGAGAACCGAAAGCUGCCCACUUGGGGUCCCUAGAGUAGACCACUACAGAACUUCAUCAUGCAUAUCCAUACGGCAAGCUCUACGGGACAUCCUUGUACAUCUCCCCGUUUCCUCAUAAGUAGAAGACGGUUCACAACUUCAGCAAUAGCAACACCAUGUAACCUGCUGUAACUGUCUUAACAGGAAUCUACAUAAAACUGAGGAUUCUGUGAACUUUAGGUGCCACUGUCUGAACUUCAUUUCCUCUGAACCCUGAGAAAAACGGAAGUCAGUUAUUUGGCUUUAUAUUUAUUUUGUGUGUCGAUUUGAAAAAAGUCCUUCAAUUGCCCUAACCCUCCCUCUUUCUCUCUUUCUCAUGCUUCCUUUUCUCAGUGCCAAUUUCUGUAACCCCUCUUGGAAGGGUCAGUGAGAUUUUGGGAGAGUACUGAAAUGUAAUAUGAAAAAAUAUUUAAAUGAUAAAAAAAAUUA